AUGUACAGGGGGGAGAUAUUUGCUUACCCUCUGUAUCUCCAGAAACAGCUCAUGCCAGCCAAGGCACAGUUCUUCGCCAUGGAUGUGGCCUGCAAGUACUGGCCAUACCUGGAGAAAGCUGCCAGUGUCCUUCCUGCUCUCCAGGAGCUGACCACCAUGAAGCCGUUCCUCAGUGUGAUGCAUGCUCGAGCUCAUGCUACUAAGUGUGAGAUUAAAUGGAGUGGUAGGAACCAGGAAGGAGCAGGGACAACUGCCAGUGAGGAGGUGGAGCAGGUCAACAGCUACCUCUCCCGUUGUGCCCUGACGACAAAAUAUAUGUCUAAAGCAGCACGGGUGGACAUGCUUACAGUGCAUGCAAUGGGGUGGAACCACCAAAAAAAUGUCACUCUUCAUCAGGCCCGUUCCACAAGAUAUGUGAAGACCUGUCAGAGACUCACUGAUGAGACUGCAAGGCCAGGGGAACUACAAACCCAGCUACAGUGCUCGGAUGAGACAGUGUCACAGUGGACCUCAGAUGUGAAGGAAUGGGCAGCUGAUGAGAUGCCAAAGACAUCUGAUAGCACUGAGGACACCGCAAACACUGGCCUUCAGCAGUCUAUCGAGGGCCGUUACCUGAGUGUGACACAGCGGAAGCAAACCAUCUACCAUCAGAAUGUCAGCAGCAAACUUCGCCAUCGCAUUCGAAGGAAGCUGGCGGAAGACAAAAAGAUCCUGUUUGAGGAGAUUAACAGAUACAACCAUCUUGUGCAAGCCUCUGCCACAAAUAUAGAUACAGCCAUGGUGGAGCAUUCCCUGACCGAGAGCACUGUGUCCCCAAUAUGGCCAGGGGUGGUUCAUGGUAGCGGUAUGUAA